AUGACUUCUAAUAAUAGAAUAUGUCAUAUGACAACUACAUUAAUUAAUAAUAUGCCUGAUAUUUUAAAAAUUUCAUUUGUUUCUUCAAAUAAUAUUUCACUUUUUAAAUCAGGAUUAAUUUCUAUUAAUCAUCUUAAUAAUGCAUUAGCUAAUGAAUUAUGUAAUAAUUUAAUUAGUUAUAAUAGUCGUAAAUUAGAGUGGAAAAAUAUUUUAGAUAUUUUAACAUUUUCAGCUGAAUCAUUAAUAGAAUCUUUAUCAGUUCAUAUGUAUGAUGAUUAUGAAAAACAUGAAAAUAAAUUUAUUUCAAGUUUUUUAAAAACAAAACAAUAUUUAUUUUCAAAACCUCAAUUAGAUUCUUUAGUUUCCAAUACUAGUAUAUUUCUUUUAAAAUUUUUUACAAAUUUUUAUCAAAACCAAAAUGAUUUUAAUAUUAAAAAAGUUAAAAAAAAUGGAAGAAAUAAAAUUGAAGUUUAUAUUCCAACAAUUGAAAAAUGUUUUGUAAAAGGAAUUCUUCCAUCAGCAUAUCAUACAGAUAUACCUCCAAAUAAAGAAAAAUUAUGUGAUUUACAAUUUUGUAAUAUUACAAAUUCAGAUAUUACUAUUUUAUUAUGUGGACAUUCAUAUCAUACUUCAUGUUUUAAUAAUUUAAAUUUUACAUGUAAUUAUUGUUUUCAAUAUUAUAAAUCUUCAAUUGAAAAAAUAUCAAAUAAUUUUAAUACAUAUUUAAAAUCUAACAAAAAAAAAUAUGAAAAUGAUAGAGAAGAAAUUAGUAGUAAUAAUAUUAUUGAAUUAGAUGAAGAUAAUAUACUUGAAGAUAUUAAUAUAAAUGAAAAUAAUAUUAAUACAGAAUUUUCAUUAGCAAUGAAUAAUUUUAUUACAAUAACUAAUGAAAAUCAAAUAUUAACAGAAUUUAGAAGAGUUUCAAUUGAUUUUUCAAAUAAUAUAGAUCAAAAUAAUAUUAUUAUUUCAAACAAAAGAAAAAGAGAUUCUUAUCUUACAAAUUUAAUUCAAAAAAAAUAA